AUGUCGCGGCACCAUAACAGUGGUAACGCUUCUCAACAACAGUCUUAUUCUAUACCAUCUAUAAAUAUUGGAAGUAACUCUCCACCGUUGUCUAUCGCAACAUCUAAUAUUUCAAUAUCUUCGCGUUCUCGAUACGAACAACAGGAACCUUAUCAACCUUUACUUACUUCUCCUAAAAUGACUACACAUCCAACUUUACCUCCCAUCAGCGCUCUCUCAUGUGAUUUUUUACCACCAUUAUUGUCAUCAAGUCAACAAGGAAAUAGUUCUUUUCAUUAUAGAAAUCAAACAAAUGUUGAUAGACAUGAGCCCUCUCGUUAUAUGAGUGGCGGUGGUAACGGUGGUGGUUUACUUUCCUUAAAUUCUCAGUCGGCUCCUUCCACACCUUAUCCUUCUCCAUCUCCUUAUUCAUAUUUGACGUCGCCUCUAUCAACACAGCCACCUCCUAUUCCACAACAAUCUUAUUAUCAACCACAGCAACCACAAAGAUCUCCCCCUACUUCUUAUUAUCCUCAACCAAAUUAUUCUUCUUCUUACCCCCCAGCAUAUCAAAGACAAUCAACUCCUCCUCCAGUUCAAACUUCAUCACGAAGACAACAUCAUCAUCCUUCCUCACAUUAUUCUCCUUAUAAUAUGCCACAAAUUUCUCCACAAAGUACUCAUUCUCAUCCACCUUAUACACAACCAUCUCAACCUUCUUCACAUAUGCAACAGCAUGGUAUUCCACCAAUACGUCCUUAUCAAAGAAGUCAUACUUCUCAAACAGUUAUUUCUGAACCUUUCGUAACUGUUACACCUGAAUUAAAUAAUAGACCGCCCAGGCGGCGUAGGAGACCUCCUUUUUCUUAUUCUUCAUUAAUAGCUCAAGCUAUUUUGGAUUCUCCUGAUAGAAGAUUAACGUUACGUGAAGUUUAUCAAUGGAUAAUGGAACGUUAUCCACAAUUAUACAAAGCUGAUGAUACUGGUUGGCAGGUUCCUCGCUCAGAUACUGAAUUGGGUCAUUCUACAUCUUCAUCAGCCGCAAGUAAAGGUAAAGGAGGUUAUUGGACAAUUGACCCGGAAUAUAUGUCUGCUUAUCAUGAUGGUGUAUUCGCAAGAGGUGGAGUACAAAAGCGUAGACCUGGUGAAGUUGGUUUACAUUCAGGAAUUAAUAAUACGGGAAUGGGUGAUGAUGAUAGUGCUGGAAGUGAUACUUCUCCAUCUGAUAGUUUGGGUGGCAGGUUAGUUGAUGUGGAUGAAGAUGGUGAGGGUGAUCGAAUGCCAUCAUUACAUGUAUCAAUACCACCUGUAAUAUCACCCCAAUCUUCUACUUCUUCAUCAUUAAUGACACCACCACCAACAGCAUCAUCUAUAACAUCUAACAAGCAAAAGAAAGCAUUUUAUAACAAAAGACAUUCAUCAGAAUCUAAUUUUAGUAAUAUGGGUUCAUCACCAUCACAAUCACCCUCUGGUUUCUCUAAUUCUAGUGGAACUUCGGGUAGAUAUGAUGUAUUUCAUAUAACAGAUUUAUCGGAUGUAAAUAAUUCGAAUAGAGAAAUAUCACAUUAUUCGACUAAUAAUAAAAAUGGGGGAACUGGUUCAGAGUGGAAUUCGAAUGCGAAUGAUUCAUCAUCAUCAUCAGUAAAAAGAGAAUCAAUAAAUAUGGACAUUGAUAAAAACGAAGAGGCACAUUCAUCAUCUUCAUAUUAUUAUGGAGGCCAACCUAUGGAAAGAAAUGGUUCACGAAAUGUAACAGAACAACCAUUAUUAAUGAAGCGAGAUGGGGAUUCACCGUUGCAAUCUAUUAAGCGAGAAGAUGAAGAAUCUAAUUCUUCAAUGAAAAUAAGUGAUUUAUUAAAUUGA